UUGUCUUUGUUGCUGUUGGUGCUGUAUCGUUUAUUCCGGCUGUGCUGUGCUCUCUCUCUCUCUCUGUCUGACGACGUCCUGCAUUAGACUCUGUACAAGUGCCAGCUCUAUGGUCUUUGAGUGGCAGUCCUCCAGCUUUUUUUUUCCAGAGCCUACAGGGUGCAGAGUUCGUCUGCUUACACGGAAGUGAAACUGCCCCGGACACACAAGCUGUUGCCCCUGUAAGUAAACCUGCCCCGUCCCUCGCUUGCUUGCUUGCUCGCUCACUCGCUCGCUGCUGGACCCCGCCGCUCGCAGCUCUGGCUGUGCAGAGGGAAGGCGAGGCUGAACACCAACCAACGCUGGAGUCCCGGCACCAUGAUGAGUGUAACACACAUCUUCCAACAUUCAGUGCACCCGGCCCUAAUACUUCAGGCCGCCGUGGAUUAUUGGAGCAACAAUUAGCAGGGGAGAGUGCCAUGCUGAAGGCUCCCUACACCGGCAGGUGAAGAUGUGUCUCCAAGCAUUGGCUUUGUGGAUGGGCCUCGCCGUCUCGUGUUUCAGCACCAUCGCCUGUGAAAGCCGAUGUAAGGUAAAGGAGCUAACCGCUGAUUGCAGUCACCUGAAGCUGUCUGAGAUCCCUCCGGACCUGCCUGUCAACCUCACCGAAAUCAACCUGUCCCACAACCAGCUGAAGCGCCUGCCCAGCUCCGUGUUGUCCAGGUACACCAGGCUUCGCAUCUUGCGUGUCGGCUACAACGUCAUCCCCAGGAUCGAUGGGAGCCUCUGCCAAGCCCUGCCCUUCUUGGACGUGCUCGCUCUGGAACACAAUCAGCUAUACACGCUCCAUGCACGAUGUUUCUCCACCUGCAGAAACCUGACUGAAUUGUACUUGCAGUUCAACAUAAUCAAGCUGAUCGCGGCUGAUGUUUUUGGUGGCCUUCAGGGAUUGCAAAUCCUGGACCUGUCUCACAAUAAGCUGGUGUCGGCCAGAAUCGGAGUUGAUCAGCGAUUACCAAAGCUGCACAGCCUCCUGCUGUCUGCGAACAAGAUUGUGCAGUUAAAACCAAACGAUUUUGCCAUCCUUCGCAACUCCACGUUGUACCAGUUGGACCUGUCCUUCAAUAAGCUAACUCAGUUUGAACCUAAGUGUUUCAGCAGCAUUGGGAGCUUACGCAUUCUGGUUUUGAACAAUGUUGCUCUCCAGCCCAAUAUCACGAAGCAACUGUGUGAUGCAUUGUCAGGAACAGAAAUAGUCACACUUUUUCUGAGGAACACCUACCUGAAAUUGGAAGCGAAUACUUUCUCUGGAUUAGCGAAAACUAAGCUGGCGUUCCUAGACUUGUCGAACAACAGGCUAACCAGAUUGCCGGGCAAAGCGUUCCAAUGGUUGCCUCACUUGGAGUAUCUCAAUCUCGAAGACAACGCCAUCGGACGUAUUACCAAUGAAACAUUUACUGGGUUGGACAAUUUAAAGAGUCUGAACCUGCAGAAAUGCCUCAAGGCACAGGGCAUGUCAGACAAAGUACAUUCCAGCAUUGAAGACUACUCCUUCCAAGGGUUGAAAAAGCUAGUCUAUCUCAAUUUGGAACACAACACCAUCGCGGGUAUCAAGGAGCAUACCUUCUCCGGCUUAACGAGCCUCCAAUACCUCAGCUUGUAUAACUGUCAGGUGGAUUUUAAGACGAUAAGCAAUGAAACGUUGGUGUCUCUUGCUGAGUCUCCACUCGUUAGUUUGAACCUGACAAGAACAAAGAUCUCAAGCUUGCAGGCGGGUGCGUUCUCCAGCUUCAAUAAGCUGAAGAAACUGGACCUGGGCCUCAAUUCCAUCUCCCAGAUCCUCACCGGAGAGGAAUUCCAGGGGUUGAGCGCCAUAGAGGAGAUAUACCUCUCGUACAACUACAAACUGACUCUCACGUCCUCCUCAUUCAUUCACGUCCCUUCCAUUCGGGCCUUGAUGCUCAGCAAGUCCAGGGUGGCCACGUUGAGUCUCCAGCCGUCGCCCUUCCGGCCUCUUCGAAAUCUCACCGUCCUCGACCUCAGCAACAACAACUUGGCGAACGUGGAUCGAGAUGUUUUCCUGGGGCUCGCGCGGCUUCAGGUACUAAAGCUGCAGCACAAUAACUUGGCCCGACUCUGGAAGAGAUCCAACCCAGGCGGACCUGUCCUUUACCUCAGUGGUUUGGUGGAUCUGCGGAUACUCGACAUGCAAUCCAGCGGACUGGAUGAGGUUCCACCCAGAGCUUUCCAGGGCUUGGUCAAGCUGGAGAUGCUCGAUUUAAGUUUGAACAACAUCAACUUCCUCCCGGACCACGUGUUUGACGAUAUCGAGUCGCUCAAGUCCCUGCACUUGCAGAAGAACCUCGUCACCUCCGUCUCGAGGGACGUUUACGGCCAGGUGUUUCGCAAUUUGACGGCCCUCUACAUGGGGUCGAACCCUUUCGAUUGUACGUGUGCAAGCAUUUCCUGGUUCGUGACUUGGGUCAAUAGCACCAACAGUAGCAUCCCUGGGAUGGACACCCAAUACAUCUGCAACACCCCCCUGAGCUACCACAACAGCAGCGUCGCGUCUUUUGACACCUCUCCCUGCAAGGACGCUGUCCCUUUCAAGGGGGCCUUCAUCAUCAGCAGCAGUGUCAUCUUAGUCUUCCUGGUUAGCGUGCUCCUGCUGCAGUUCCAAGGCUGGAGGCUGGAAUUCUACUGGAACGUCUCCGUCAACCAGAUGUUUGGCUUCAAGGAGAUAGACCGCCCGGACGCCCACUUUGCGUUCGACGCCUACAUCGUCCACGCCAAGCGCGACGUCGAGUGGGUCAACGACAACCUGAUGCCCCUGGAGACGUACGAGCAGUUUAAGUUCCGCUUCUGCCUGGAGGAGAGGGACUCCGAAGCUGGCGUCUCGGAAUUGGAGUCCAUCGUGGCCAACAUAAACCGAAGCAGAAAAAUCAUCUUCGUCAUGACCGGGGAGCUUCUAACGGAUCCCUGGUGCAGAAGAUUCAAGGUGCAUCACGCAAUGCAGCAGGUGAUUCAGCAAAGCAGGGAUGCCAUUGUUUUGAUCUUUUUGCAAGACAUCCCUGACUAUAAGUUGAACCAGAUGCUUUACCUCCGCAGAGGUAUGUUUAAAUCGCGCUGCAUUCUGAACUGGCCAGCGCAGGAUGACCGGAUCCCAGCCUUUUACCAGAAGUUUAAGGUUGCACUUGGCUCAAGCAAUAAAGUGCAGUGAUUUUACAAAUUGUACCAAACACACGGUCAUGGGUUUAACUUUACUUUAGACUUUAGAGAUACAGCGCGGAAACUGGCCCUUCGGCCCCACCAAGCCCAGCGAUUACCCCGCACACUAGCACUAACCUACACACACUAGGGAC